UAAGUGUUGAGCCUCGAUUAUAGCGCAAAAUCUGCCGCUGGUAAGCGUGCAGAAGAUGGACGAGGGCCUCACGCGCGGCCGCAAGGCAAGAGAGGAGAUGAGAGGUAUCUUUAGUACUAAUCAGACAAUUCCAAGAUAAUUUUACUGGUCGGAAGAACACGAUCCAAAACUAUUUAUUGCAGUGACGAAAUAUCUGUCGUUGCAGAGGGGUGGUAACGCGGUCGUUUGUAAGUGUAAGUAAUGUAAGGUAUCCCUAUUCGGCAGUUGCUACCGCGUUCUUGUACUACAGCUGGCAAUGAUUACAUAUCAAAGACGAAAACCACAUGCAGCAAGGUACCUGCUGAUUUUAUCAUGACCUGAAGCAUUAGCCUUUUCUCGGUUAAAGUCUGACUCUUGUCAAAAGAUCUUCUUUAGCUUAGUAGCGAAAGCGAAUGAACAAACUACACUGCAAGUAUCAAUUUGGUACAAGGUCAGAAUCUCAAUCCUGCGAUCUACUUCCGCCGGAGAGUUGAACACGAUCCUGAGGCUCCUGUGAAAACGUAGAAGUCGUUGUCACCCGGCGACCUAGACGGCUAGGAAACUGCAGCUGUUUUUCCUUUCAAACGGAGCUGUUUCUCCUCGACCAGCAGCGAAAUAAAAGGAGAAACUGACAACGCUAAGUUAGUACAUACGUUUUGAUUUAUUUUGUCAAUUUGUUGAAGUACAUAGUUACUCAAGUAGUUCGACGUCGACCUUUAUUUAGCUUGUCAUCGCUUCAUUUUUAUUAAUUUUUUAUUUGGGAAUUUUCUUAUCACGACGACACAAAGUAACGUGGUUUCUUUACAACUCUACUCGGAAUAAUGUGUUACAGCGCUUCUAAAAAAUGAAAAUGAAUCGGUGUCGGUCCGAAGAAUCGUAUCAACAAGUAGAGGAGCUAGGGUCACGAUAUAUUUCUCCGAUUGCGAUCGAAAAAAUACAUUAGCUAGGAGAAUUCGCUUCAAGGCACGCGAAUGCCGUACUCACUCCCUUGGCCAUGGCGACGUAGAUCCUAGUGUGCAACCGUAAAAAGAAUGCGCGAAGACCCGUAGCGGCCGGGUCGUCCGAAACCUGGCUUGGUUUCACGACAGCUGCAGCACUGCAAUCACAAUAACAGCUGUUGCAGUACUAGUAACUGCCCCAAGGAGCACCGAGGGCAAGAUCAAGAAGCUGCAGCACUCGUACUUGCGUCCAACAUAAGUAGAGUAGACAAAUAGUCCUACUUGUGCUCGUGCCGGAGGAACUGCAGUGUUGGUUUUUUUGGUGAAAGAGGACAAGAACCACGAUAACCGGGCGCGACUGCGGCUGCCGACAAAGUUACCACAACCGAGUAGCGGCUGUAAUAUCCGACGGGCAAAAGCAAACCGAGGCAACUGCUGUUCUAAGUUCUGAGUGACCUACUUCAGAAUUAUCGAAGUUGUGUCAGCAGGAUGUCGGAUGGUACCCAGCAGCAGCAGCAGCAGCAGAACAACAGCGACACCGCUGUCACGGACUUUCUGCGCAACCUGUUUUCCCACAGCAAUCUCCAGCACGAUGACUCCAUUACGGAGAACCUCGACCCCAUGCUGGGCCUGCACUUCGACUUUGUCUGCGACAAGGUGGCGGACAAGGACAAAACCGAUGACGGGGACGAUGUGGAAACCCUCAACCCGCACAACAACUUCGAGGUCCGCACGGAGCGCACCAACAGCGAGGACGUGAAGACCGAGCCGGGGGGCGUAAUGUCUUCCGGUGCAGCUGCGGGGGCUUUACUAUCGGAAUCAGAUGCGAACUCGCAGUACAAGAUGGUGAUCUCGCAGAACGAGGAAAGUGGGAACAGCAGCAGCUCUACAGCAAGGAAUUACAACACAACGCGCAGUGGAAUAAAUGCAAAUUCAACCACCAGAAAUAACAAGUCCACCCGGGGGCGGGUUUCGAACCAUAGUGAGGAGUUUCAGGGCCAGGUUUCCAAGGCGUUAGAAGAACUGGCGCAGGAAAACGUGAUUGCCUACGACCCGACGAGCAAGCGGAUAGCGCUGAAGGUGGAGCUGCGCCGAGACACGCUGCUGCUCCACGACAUCCCGCUGAGAACCAGCAAGAAUGUGCUAGCAGGCCUGUUUGAGGAGAUCGGAUUCACCAUCGUCUCCAAGGAUUCACUCAGUCGGAUGAUAGCGAACCAAGCUGGUGUGGGUGGCGGGGGUGGAACUGCGAGUAGAAGUACGAAAAUAAACAAACAGGCAGUAGAGCCGGGCUCCACGUCAUCUGCGGGUGGGAGAGCGUCCUCAUCUUCCGCAGAAGUAGAGGCCGGCGACACUGCGAACGGCGGCAAUGUGGAGGGGAAAAGCAAAAGCACAAAAAAUAACCAGGCAACAACAUCUACUUCGGGGACGAAAGACGACACUGGAAAAGCAUCUUCUACUGCGGUAGCGCCCACGCUGGCCUUCUGGGGCGGCACGCAUAACACGCUCAACAGAACCAGAGUGUGGUAUUGGAAAGUUCUUUUUUUUUCUGAGUUGCGCCAGUUCCAGUUACAGUUUCUUAAUCUUUCAUUCUGCUUCUCAAGGUUGAGUUUGUAUUUUCACAUUGGUUUGCAUAAGCAUGGUUGUAGCGGUACUUGAAUUUCACAUGUUGAGACUCAGCAUCUCUACCCUAGGUACGUCCGGUUUUACAACCCCGAGGACGCCAUUUCCGCCGCGCUGCAGUUGCGAAACCGAACGUGUCCCUGGGACGAUAGCAAGAAAAUUCGGGCCAACAUGCGGAGUCACCACGUGGUGCAGUCUUUUCACCAAGUGCAGCAAACCUACUUUUCCCCGCUGUUCCCCGCUAACGGACUUUCCAUUUCGGGUAUGACACGCAAAAUUUCUCUUCCAUCAUCAGCAUUUAACACUUGUUCAUUGAUGAAAUUUCUCUUCCCGACAAGACUAGCACAUGCGGGGGGGCACGCGUUGUGAACAAGCUGCAUAUGUUGAAAGAAUGGCAAAUGGCCGCGCAGUGAAUAUGCCAUGCUGGCGCGGCUACGCGGAGUAUCUACUUAUUGCAAAAUAUAUCGUGGAGCAGGAGCUUGAUGUACCAUGUCAUUGUGCCUUAGUCAUGAAAGACUCAUGUAUGAUGAUGUGGCAGAUUAUGACUAAGAAGUGCUGAUGGAGACAGAGACUUGUUUUGAAGCCCAUACCCUGACAAGCAAGCGGCGGCACGAGCACGGCGACUGAGGAGGUAAGUGUCUUCACGAAUAGUAAUAGACGUAUUAGUGCGAGCGAUUUACCUUGAAAUGAAUCCUCGAUAUUGGCAUUACGAAUCGCAUAAAAAUUGCAUGAGAAACAUGAAAUAUCAACUUCUUCCCAUGCCUAAAAAAACAGGUUCUCUCCUCCUUAACGCCGCUCACGUUGGCUACCUUGGAGCAGAACGGUAAUCGCAACCGCACGACCAACGUCGGAGGUAACAGUCCGGCCACCUCCCCCUCGGCGCACAACCGCGGAAACAAAAAUCUCAAUCUAAACGGCCUGCUCGACGGCGAGCCGGCGUCUGGGGCCGGGAAAAUGAUGGUGCCAGAAUUGCGGGACAGUGUGCGGGAAAUCCUGCCGCAAACGCUGCCGAGCUUAGACAUACUAGGAGACAGGUGAGAACAAGUUGUAGAGAAAAUCAAAUUGUGCGAACUACUACAAGAACACGGAUAUGUUUUUACCAAUACCGCGAGCAGAUGAACCAGCAUAUGAAGAUCCUGAUCCCGCACCUGGCUUUCUUGGUGCAUGUUGUCAUGCUCGAGCCCUGGAAAAGGAAACCAAAAGCAAAACAAUCAAAAUCCAAGGGCUCCUCCUUAGAUUCCACCUUCCAAAGUAAACCCCCCCACGACAGGUCCUACACCGCCGACGUGGUGAACACCGCGCAAUCGCCCACCGCGGAGAAUCAGGCCAACGUGGUGAUGGGCUUGAGCAUAUUGUGAGGAAAAAUCCCCCCUCCCCAUAUGUAUCGAAAAGGCGUGCUUUUCAAAAUUUGUGAUGCUGAUUUGUGGUCACAAAUCGAGUCUGUCUUGCAAGAGAGCAAAGCCAGGGCUUCCGCUGCAUUUCGCAGGCGAUUUGUAUUGCUGCUACGCUACUAGGGCAAACGUCUGCCAUGCUAAGUACCUACCCCAAGCCACCCUUUUCCGGGCUUUGUAUCUGUCUGCAGUCCUCCACCGCAAGACAGAUCCGAUUUGUGUACACAAAUCCUGCAUCACAGAUUUCCAUUUCGAUAUGGGGAGGGGGGAUUUUUCAUUUUGAUAGAGCACCUCGCUGAAGAAGACCAACAACAUCAAUCUGCAACAGUCCCCAACCAGCACGUCGCAGCGCGACCGGUUGUUCACGAAUAAUCUGGACGCCACCUCCGACCAGCUGAGCAAUUCCAACCUGAAUUACAGCAACAUUCAGGACGGCAUCUUGAACACCAGCAACGCGUACAACGUGGUGCCAAACUACCAGCCGCAGUACAGCAACGGUGGCUUCAUCAUGCCCGACGGGUCCUGGGUGCCCGCAAACAGCCAGACUGCGGGGACCUGGGUGCCACCCUAUCCUGUGUAAAAACGUCCCCACACCAUAGUCAAGAUGGGGAAUCGGCUAGACAAAUCCACAAGCUUUGGCUGUUUUGCAUGACAAAUUUGGACUCGUAGUGUAGUGCUGUUUGAGGUAGCUCAGCAGCAUUACAGAUCUAGUAUAUCAUGCUGAUUGGAGCAUAGAAAAUUUGAAAACACGACUAAAAGAUGCCUCUCAUGGGGCUCCGCAUGAGAAACAUUUUUAGCAUGCAGAUUUGCAUUACAGCUAUGGGGUGGGGACGUUUUUAAAUACGAUACACCCUAUGACGAACCCAUGCUAAACGACCCGAACUACUUAUCAAAAAGAAAAAUCCCCCCUCCCCAUAUCGGAAACGGGAGAUGCGCGAAUUUGUGAUGCUGUAUUUGAGUACACAAAUCGAAUUGUAUUGCUAGAAGGCCAAGAGACGAAGCUGCGGCCUAAAUUGCAGGCAAUCUGCCAUGCUGUUUCCCACUUCCAGUUGCCUCCUGUCAUCCUGGAGCUGCAAGGCUUUCCUACGCUAGACAGCACUACAGUCCGCACCUUUUGCCUUCUAGCAUCACAAAGCUGAUUUGUGGCCACGAAUCUGCAUCACAAGUUUCCGCUUUGAUGUGGGGAGGGGGCAUUUUUCAUUGUAAUACCACUUGAUGCAGCGCUACAGCUUCGACGCGCAAUCGCCCGGCGCCAUGUUUUCCGGUGGCGAUAAUAUGGGCGGCGCGGCGGGGCAAUCUCCCGGGGGAAUGGACGGACAAGAGUACGGCACUAUGGACGAAGCAGGGAACACCAGCACCCCCAUGAUGUACGACCCAAACACGGGCCUAGUCAUGUGGUCGCCGGACGGGGGACAGAAAUGGUAUUGAGUUUCUUCUCGUUCUUUGUGUUGUCCGGCGAUGAAGACGAUUUGAAAAUCAAAAUCGUUCUGCUAUAAUACUGUUGCCUCGUACUCGUACAUCAACUCUGUCAUGCUCGUGCGUGACUGGGAUUGCAUUUCAUGCAUGAUUUCUUUGAUGCAACAAGUGCAACAGCUGCAUGUUUUAUCGCAAUAUUUUCCAGGUAUCCCCAAACCUCAGUAGGUCUGGACGAGCAGGGAAAUUUCUUCCUCCCCACCGACGCACAACAAGCGCAAAUGCAUCAGCAGGGCACGGGCUUCAACAUGCAGGAACAGCUAUCAAAUGCAAAAGCAUCGUACUCGUACUAAUCGCAGAUAUGCAUGACAAAUCUGAUUCCUAAGGUAGAUCAGCAUGAUAAAAACCAUUUUCCUUUCUGAGGAAAUUUCUCAUGCGAUUUAUACUAGUACGAUACUUUUGCAAUGCAUAACAGCAAGCUCCAACCGGCGGCGCAGGCAUGUACGACGCAUUCAAUACCGGCUUCAACAAUUACGGCACCGCAACGGCCAGCAGCGGCGCAAAAAUGAGCACUUCUAACUGGACGAACAGCAAAGGAGGUCCAGGUGGUGCCAAUUUUUUCGCAGGAGGUUCUUCAUCCGCCAAGGGAGGUGCAGGUGGGAAAUACGGUUACAACCCUCCUGUUCGCCCGUUGACCGGGGAAAUCGAGCAAGACGCCAUCGCACCUGAGCUGGCGGGCUUCACGCACGAAUUUAGAAGGUACUUGAAUAGAAGUUUUCCUUCGUGUUGAUCGUGCUGCCUUUUCGGAUGUUGGCGCGAUUUUGCUUUUUUGUAUAGUUCGUUGCGAUACUAUCGUGCUUGAUCUUGAUGAUACAGGAAGCCCUUUAAGUACCUACUUUUUCAAAUUGUCAAUGAUUUAUUGCCGUACUACUUCACCAUUCAGGUACCGCAAGGAGGAUUUGUUCAGCAUUAUCAACAACAUGGUUUCUACCGCGCAGUCCCUCCCCACGAAUUCCGACGACCAGAAAACGGAAGUUCCGAAAUCCGGACAGGAGACCAUCAAUACCCCCUCGGCCGCGAGCAGCAAGCCGCGCCAAAGCGGAACUAAGGAGGUUCUGGUGAAGGAAGAUAUCCUCUUCCGCCCCCACGCCCUGGCGGACCCGAAGUUCAAUGACGUGGUACGGGAGAAGCCCAACUGGGGCUUUUUCGUCAACGGCGAGGAUUUGUUUAGCAGUGACAAUAAAGCGGACAACAAGGCGCGCAACUACCGCAACAACUAUAACCCGACAAACAGCACAUCAAAGGGCGCAGGAAAGAUGAACUCAUCCUCCAAGGGCGGGGACAAAAACAGCAAGGCAAGUUACAGCAAGAUGACGGAUAAAACCUCUACUACCGCGGACCAGAACGACGAGGAUGUUCUUGACGAAGAUAGAGGCAAAGGUGCCGGGCCGGGGCGGAAGAGAGGGAAAUCGAAGAAGAAAAAGGGCAAGGGGAAAGAUGGGGACACAACAGAUGAAAUUGCACCCGCGACGAACAACAAGGAGGAUGCAACCAAAGAACAGAGUGGCAAGCAGGACAAUGAAGGAGGGAGUACUUCUGCUACGACAGCAGCAGGGGGGAAGGCAAAAACAACAUCAAAAGCAGGUACUACCGGAAAGGGCGGGAAAGACAAGGAGGGAAAGAAGAAGGGCAAAGGAAAACACGACAAAAGUAAUUACCCCUUCGGCAAGACCAGAACCGGUCCGAGAUACAAAGUCACGUCGAGUAAAAUCGUGGGGGGCAAUGUGAACGAGCCGUCUACAACUUCGGCUGAUGGAGGCGGGGAGCCGGGCGCGAACGCACCAGCUCCGGGUAGUAGUUCCUGACCGGUGUGCCGUACUCAAGCCGUGCUUUCACGCGCCUCUGUUCUGUCACAGAAUAAAGAACUCUUCUGCUAUCUUUAGUGAAGAGAAAGGUCGAAGAAAAUUCGCAAAUGCUACCCGUAGUGUUUGUGUGUAUGUUGCUUAUCGACGAUAUUUUUCGAGCCUUCACCCCAAGGAUGGUAUUCUGUGUUUCUCCAAAUUGUUGUACUCAACCUGCUAUACGUAGAUUUUACCAGCACCGUUAUUUAUUCUCGGUUCUUGAAAUUUUAAACCCGAUGGAAAACAGAAUAUCAAGCGUAUCGCGGAAAAGGUAGUCAGCACAUCACUUUUAAGCUUAAGCGACACGAACGUCUCUAAUCUUAGUCUGUUUUUUGAACGGACUGUGGACUGCGUACUCUGGAGCUCACAAGAACUAUCCUUCGGUUUGUCUCGCAACGAUGAAUCGAAAGUCUCACACACGCCCCAAAAAGGGGUUCAGUUUUAUUUCAAAAAGUUGAAGAGUUUGUAGAGCUUGAACUUCGUACGUGUGACAAAAUGUAGUUCUUGGAAAUUUAGAAGUUACGCCGUAAUGUUAUAGUCAGCCAACUUUUGUGACUAGUUCUAGUAGUACCUCAACAUCAUCAGCAUCACAAAUGUGUAUGUGAGUGUGACAGCGACUUUAGAAUCAAGAGCGAACCAAAACCCUAUUGUGUCUCACCAAGAAGGUCUUGUUUUCUCUCGUUCACACGAGAAGAGGAAAUCUGAAACAAAAUUAAGCGACAAAAGCAUCAGAAAAAAAAAUUGAAGUUUGGUUUUAAGCGCACUAAAAUAAAUCACAUCGGGAGAGAGUUACCAUAUUAACAAUUUAACAAAGUAGCACGAGCACACACAAAAGAGAAUUUCCGCUUUUGAUA